UCUAUAAUUUUUUUUCUUCACGAAGAUGUCAAAUGUUCAUCCACUAUGUAACUGAUGCCGGGUCAGGCCAUCCUGGUGGCAUGGUGGCAUUGGUAUAUCGUCCCCCAAAGCGCCAUCGACGCAGUGCGAGUUCCCUUUCGAAAGGGAACGUCUAGGUUACGACUGUAGACAUUUGGAGAAAAACUUUAAAAAGUUAAUUCAUCCGUCAGGUAACGCCCAUUUUUACAGAUUAACCUAAAGCUGCUCAGCACAAUGUCCAAGCUUAACGAAACUCAGCACACAGAGACAAGAGAGAGAGAGAUAGAGAGGAGGAGAGACAAGGUUGAUCAUGUGAUACACAUUUAAAUGGCUCAUCCUCCAUAAAACGUAUAUAACUCACACACACUCUCCAUCGCUAACGAAAGACAGACGCCUUUGAUCAACCAUGAAGAAGCUCUUCAGUUCCCUGUGGAUCUUACUAGGGCUUUUAUUGAUUAAAGAAAUGGUGAAUGGAGCGGAAGAGAAUUUAGCAUUAAGGCAAACAUCCACCCAAUCAUCCUUAUACACGGAGGGAUAUGCCGGAAAAGUAGUCGAUGGUUUACGUGAAACCUAUGGCCACACUAACACGCAGACCGACCCGUGGUGGAGAGUGGAUCUGAUGAAAGUAUACAGAGUCAACAGAGUGACCAUGACUAACAGAGUGACCUCCAUUUAUUAUAGCAGGAUAAACGGGGCAGUGAUUCGCGUCGGGAACUUUCUGGACGUUUACAGCAACACCAUAUGUGCUGUAAUUUCCACCAUUCCAUCUGGAGCCACAGCUAGCUUCUCGUGUGGCGGUAUGGUGGGACGCUAUGUGAUUGUCCAUAUUCCUGGAGAUCAGAAGACUCUUACUAUUAGUGAGGUUGAAGUCUAUGGGUAUUUAGCAGGAAACCGGGCGUUAGAUGGAGCCGCUACACAGUCGUCAACAUCUGGGGACUGGUUUGCUGGAAACGCCAUUGAUGGUAAUCGAGGUCUCCAGCAGUUGUACACCGGAUGCUCCUCAACCCUAAAUCAGACUAACCCGUGGUGGAGGCUGGAUCUGCAUGACGUGUACCGAGUUAGUAAUGUGGUCAUCACCAACAGACGAGAUUGCUGUGCAGAACAAAUAAACGGAGCGGAGAUUCGCAUCGGGAACUCUUUAGAGAACAACGGCAGCAACAAUCCCAUAUGUGCUGUUAUUCCUGCUAUUCCAGCAGGCGAGUCUUACAACUACUCAUGUGGUGGGAUGGACGGACGUUAUGUGAUUGUUCAUAUUCCUGGAGAUCAAAAGAGACUUGGUCUUUGUGAGGUUGAAAUCUACGGGUAUUUGGCAGAAAAUCUGGCAGUAGCUGGAGUUGCUACACAGUCGUCAACAUCUGGGGACAGUUUUGCUGAAAAGGCCGUUGAUCGAGGUCUCCAGCAGUUGUACACGGGAUGCUCCUCAACCCUUAGUCAGACUAACCCGUGGUGGAGGCUGGAUCUGCGUUAUAUUUACAGAGUUAUUAAAGUAGUCGUUACUAACAGACGAGAUUGCUGUGCAGAACAAAUAAACGGAGCGGAGAUUCGCAUCGGGAACUCUUUGGAGAACAACGGCAGCAACAAUCCCAUAUGUGCUGUUAUUCCUGCUAUUCCAGCAGGCGAGUCCUACAACUUCUCAUGUGGUGGGAUGGAGGGACGUUAUGUGAAUCUGAUCAUUCCUGGAGACAUGAAGAUACUCACUCUCUGUGAGGUGAAGGUCUAUGGAGAAGGUCCCUGUUUAAAAAGGUCAUUUGUAAAAAUGCAGUUUAACUCCAUCAAUGAUUUGACUGACCGUUCAAUGAGAGAAAAUGUUCUGAAACAGUUGGGAUCUGCUCUUGCUAAAAGAGGAUUCACAGAUGUGACACUGCGAUGGACUCAAACUCCUAAACAGGUGAUCCAGAAGGGGAACGAUGCUGAACAGAAUUUAGCAUUAAGGCAAACAUCCACCCAAUCAUCCUUAUACACGGAUGGAUAUGCCGGAAAAGUAGUCGAUGGUUUACGUGAAACCUAUGGCCACACUGAUACGCAGACCGACCCGUGGUGGAGAGUGGAUCUGAUGAAAGUAUACAGAGUCAACAGAGUGACCAUGACUAACAGAGUGACCUCCAUUUAUUAUAGCAGGAUAAACGGGGCAGUGAUUCGCGUCGGGAACUUUCUGGACGUUUACAGCAACACCAUAUGUGCUGUAAUUCCCACCAUUCCAUCUGGAGCCACAGCUAGCUUCUCUUGUGGCGGUAUGGUGGGACGUUAUGUGAUUGUCCAUAUUCCUGGAGAUCUAAAGACUCUUAGUUUUAGUGAGCUUGAAGUCUAUGGGUAUUUAGCAGGAAAUCGUGCGUUAGAUGGAGCCGCUACACAGUCGUCAACAUCUGGGGACUGGUUUGCUGGAAAGGCCAUUGACAGUAAUCGAGGUCUCCAGCAGUUGUACACGGGAUGCUCCUCAACCCUUAAUCAGACUAACCCGUGGUGGAGGCUGGAUCUGCAUGAUGUGUACCGAGUUAGUAAUGUGGUCGUCACCAACAAACGAGAUUGCUGUGAAGAACAAAUAAACGGAGCGGAGAUUCGCAUCGGGGACUCUUUGGAGAACAACGGCAGCAACAAUCCCAUAUGUGCUGUUAUUCCUGCUAUUCCAGCAGGCGAGUCCUACAACUACUCAUGUGAUGGGAUGGACGGGCGUUAUGUGAUUGUUCUUAUUCCUGGAGAUCAAAAGAGACUUAGUCUUUGUGAGGUUGAAGUCUACGGGUAUUUGGCAGGCCCCCAUGUUGAGAGCUUCUUGUCAUCGCAGAAUGCUAACGGCAGAUGCCUCCCUCACAGGCUGGCUAACGAUCCUGGAAGGACGCUCGACUUAGGGUCAAUGGGACCUACCAGACCUCAGGGGCCACCAUGUGUGGGUCCACACAGACAGCACAUCGGUGGUCACCUAUUUAAGUCCUCUAGGAGUAAACAACCUGUCGAGACAGGGGCUGAGGCCGGGGGAUUAGAUGUUCCAACCCGUGGAGCAGGUGGUGGAGCAGAUAUGGAGGGAGUUUGGCCAGGCUCAUUUGGAUCUGUUUGUGUCUCGAGAGACUGUCUCACUGUCCACUCUUGGUCUCCCUCACAUAUCCAGCUCCUCUCGGACCUGAUGCGAUG